UGCGCAUGCGUGAGCUCGAAAAGUGCGUUUCAGAAUGAUUAGUGGUGGGCAGCGCAGAGGCAGAUUAAACGGCCCCACACAACUGUUGUUUUAAUCCCCUGGAAGAAGAGAUUUAGCUCAAAAAAAGAAAAAAAAAACUGCCUUUAAACCCAGCAGCCAUAUUGUAUGGAAGAGCGACGGGAAGACACCAGUUUUCAGAAAAAAAAAACUCCGCAACUCAGAAACCUGCCAGGACUUUUUGGGGACUUGUACAAUUUCCUUUUAGCGGCGGUUGGGUGUCUGCUGUCCGGCUAGCUCUGCAGCUGGCUGAGGAAAAGUCUUCCAUCCAAUUCUGGUUCAUCUUUGGGGGAGUUUAAACUGUUUAUUUCACAGAACUAAUAAUGAAGGACCGAUUGGAACAGCUGAAAGCGACUUGUGAUCAAGAUGACGACGAGGUGGAGAUUGCUGUGGACAACGCAGCCUUCAUGGACGAGUUCUUCUCUCAGAUCGAGGACAUCAGGAACAGCAUUGAUAAAAUUGACCAGAAUGUGGCUGAAGUCAAAAAGCUUUACUCUGUCAUCCUGUCUGCUCCCACCUCAGAUCAGAAAACACAAGAUGACUUGGAAGCAAUCACCAAUGACAUAAAGAAGAUGGCCAACAAUGCAAGAAACAAACUAAAGACCAUCGAGAGAAAUCUGGAGUCGGAACAGCAGGAGAGGGUGUCUGCAGAUAUGAGGAUACGUAAAUCACAGCAUGCAGUUCUGUCCAGGAAGUUUGUGGAGGUCAUGACAAAGUAUAAUGAAGCUCAGGUGGACUUCAGGGAGAGGAGUAAAGGACGUAUUCAGAGACAACUGGAGAUAACUGGAAAAGCUACAACAGAUGAAGAGCUGGAGGAGAUGUUGGAGAGUGGAAACGCUGCUGUCUUCACUGCUGGGAUUGUGGACUCUGGAAUCUCCAAACAAGCCCUGAGUGAGAUUGAAUCCAGGCAUAAAGACAUCGUCCGUCUGGAAAGCAGCAUCAAGGAGCUGCAUGAUAUGUUUGUAGACAUCGCCAUGCUGGUGGAGAGCCAGGGGGAUGUAGUAGACAACAUAGAAAAGAAUGUAUCUCAGUCAGUCGACCACAUUAUAGAGGCGAGGGAACAGACCAAAAAAGCUGUGAAGUACCAGGCCAAAGCUCGCAAGGGCGGGAUGAUCGACAGGAUUGAGAGCAACAUGGACCAAUCGGUGGGCUUUGUGGAGCGAGCUGUAGCAGACACUAAGAAAGCUGCCAAGUUUCAGCAGGAGGCUCGCCGUAAAACUGUGAUCAUAGUGGUGGUUGUGGUGAUCUUACUGGCAGUGAUAGCUCUCAUUAUCGGGUUGUCAGUAGGACUGAAAAACUGAGGUGCUGUUUGACCAAGAGAAGAGCCUUCGAAGAUGAUCGUCAUCGGUGUAUGCUGUGUUGUGUGUAUCAUCAUCAUAGUCCUCACUCAGACACUAUAAAAGGACUGUGAAUCACAACCU